GGAAGAUGGCGGCACCUAGGGAUUGGCUGGGAACCGUAGAGGCAGAGGGGAUCGCGGGUCGUCAGGGAAGCUCGGGAGUGGAGGUGGUAUUUCCUUCCGAUCCCGCCACACCCGCCCCGCUGUGCCCUCACGGACCCACUCUUCUGUUUGUAAAGGUGAACCAAGGGAAAGAAGAAACGCGGAGAUUCUAUGCCUGCUCAGCCUGUAGAGAUAGAAAAGACUGUAAUUUUUUUCAAUGGGAAGAUGAAAAGUUGUCAGGAGCUAGACUUGCUGCCCGAGAAGCUCAUAACCAAAAAUGCCAGCCUCCUCUCUCCCGAACGCAGUGUGUGGAAAGGUACGUGAAGUUCAUUGAGUUGCCCUUGUCUCAGAGGAAGUUUUGUCAGGGAUGUCAGCAGCUGCUGUUGCCAGAUGACUGGGAGAGGCAUCAGGAGCAUCGGGUGGUAGGUGAUAUUUCUGUCACCCAGUUGAAAAGGCCCAGUCAGCUUCUUUAUCCACUGGAAAACAAGAAGACAAAUGCCCAGUAUCUGUUCACUGAUCGGAGCUGUCAGUUCUUGGUAGACCUACUUUCUACCCUUGGAUUCACAAGAGUCCUGUGUGUUGGAACACCGAGGUUGCAUGAGCUGAUCAGAUUGAAAGCAUCAGGUGAAAAGAAGUCUAACAUUAAAAGCCUUUUAUUGGAUAUCGAUUUUAGGUAUUCACAGUUUUAUAUGGAAGAUAGCUUUUGCCAUUAUAACAUGUUUAACCAUCACUUCUUUGAUGGAAAGGCUGCCCUUGAAGUAUGCAGAACAUUUUUACAGGAAGAUAAAGGUGAGGGAGUCAUUAUGGUGACGGAUCCUCCUUUUGGUGGCUUGGUUGAACCUCUGGCUGUUACAUUCAAGAAGUUAAUUGCUAUGUGGAAAGAAGGUCAAAGCCAAGAUAGCAAUCAAAAAGAACUACCCAUAUUCUGGAUUUUCCCCUAUUUUUUUGAAUUCCGAAUUCGUCAGUUUUUUCCAAGCUUCUGCAUGCUGGAUUACCAGCGCUUCCAUAGGACGUUUAUUUGUGUGGAUGAAGCUAUGAAAUAUGGAUGUAUGUUAGAGGUAGAUUAUGAUAAUCAUGCACUUUAUAAACAUGGGAAGACAGGUCGAAAACAGUCUCCUGUGCGUAUUUUCACCAAUAUUCCACCCAACAAAAUAAUCCUUCCUAGCGAGGAAGGGUACAGAUUUUGCCCUUUGUGUCAACGGUAUGUUUCCCUAGAGAAUCAACACUGUGAGCACUGUAAUUCUUGUACCUCCAAGGAUGGCAGGAAAUGGAACCAUUGCUUUCUCUGCAAAAAGUGUGUAAAACCUUCCUGGAUCCACUGUAGCAUUUGUAGUCACUGUGCUCUUCCAGAUCAUUCUUGCGGGGGCCCUAAAGAUGGCUGCUUUAUUUGUGGUGAAUUAGACCACAAACGUAGUACUUGUCCUAAGAUCGCUACAUCUAAGAAAGUGAACAACACCUUGUUUUUCAGAGCUGUCAGAAAGCAGAAGCAACGAAAAAGUAAUAAGAUGAAAAUGGGGACCACUAAAGGACAAUCCAUGAAUCAUACAUCUGUUACAAGGAAGAAGAGCAGGAGAGAAAGAGCCCAUCAAUAUCUUUGCUCUUAAAUGUCCAGUGACUUGAGAAUAAGAAAGAUUUAUAGUCCAACCUUUGAUGCCAUUUUCUGAAAGUGCCACACUGGACUUAAAUUCUUUCACUUUCAAAGGUAUGCACCUUUCUAAGGCAGAUAAUGGACAGGUGGUAUUUGCUGGUUUAUGGACCCCUGUGCAACCCCUCUGGAGACCUGGGGGAGGUGUUCCAUCCUGAGCUGGUUGACCAGAUCUCUCUGUAUGCCUUUUUUUUUUUCUCUCUCUCUUUUAAUUCUCUCUGAAUCAUAUGAUUUUGGCCUCUUUUGAAAAAACGGGCAUGCAGCGUUCUUUUGCAGAAAAGUGUCAGAAGAAAAAUGAAAGUGAAAACUUGAGCUCUUGUUUACAUUGAACGCAAGAAUGUUAAAUUAGGUCCAGAAAUCUUUUAAGUUAAAUAUCAAAACAUUGUAUGUUGACUUAAACCCCACUCGCGAAGUAAAGUACAAUGAACAAUUAUUUUUAGACAAAAUUAUGGGAAGAAUUUUGACAAAACUAAAGAUAUAAAUAUUAUAAUUAUGAUUUUAUUAUUAAAUAUUUGUCUCUCAA